AUGUCUGCCGCCGAGCAGGAGAAAUCGAGAUCCUCCGGCGAGGACAAGCCAGCCGCCUCCUCUCCCUCCUCCUCGUCGCCCUCGACCGCUGACGCUCCGGUCCUGCCCACCGUCAACCCUGCCGUUCCCAAGACAGAGCCCCCCAAGUCGACACUGCAUCCUGCGUUCUACGUCGUCUCGUGGAUUUUCUUCAGCUCCUCCGUGAUUCUUUAUAACAAAUACCUGCUUGACGAGAAGGAGAGCAUAUUCCCGAUCAUCCUCACAACAUGGCAUUUGGCAUUUGCAGCGUUCAUGACCCAGGUCCUAGCCCGCACCACCACUCUGCUUGACGGCCGGAAGAAGGUUAAGAUGACAGGCCGGGUUUACCUCCGUGCAAUUGUCCCGAUUGGUUUCUUUUUCAGCCUGAGUUUGAUCUGCGGCAACGUAGCAUACCUGUACCUGAGCGUAGCCUUUAUCCAGAUGCUCAAGGCCACUACUCCCGUCGCCGUACUCAUCUGCACCUGGUCUCUGGGAAUGGCGCCUCCCAAUAUGCGAGUGUUGUUCAAUGUCUCGUUCAUUGUGCUCGGAGUCAUCAUUGCGUCGUUUGGUGAAAUCCAUUUCGUCUUGAUUGGAUUUCUCUUCCAGAUCGGCGGUAUCGCGUUCGAGGCCACUCGACUUGUCAUGGUGCAGCGUCUGUUGAGCUCAGCCGAAUACAAGAUGGACCCGCUGGUCUCCCUUUAUUACUUCGCCCCUGUCUGUGCCGUUAUGAAUUUCGUGGUCGCCUUGUUUGUCGAAAUCCCACGGUGCGGGUUGGCAGAUAUCCAAAAGGCCGGGCUGAUUACUCUUUUGGCCAACGGAAUGGUGGCCUUUUUGCUUAAUGUUGCCGUUGUCUUCCUGAUUGGCAAAACCUCGUCUCUCGUUCUGACGCUGUGCGGUGUUUUGAAGGAUAUUCUCCUGGUCACCAUCUCCGCAAUGUGGUGGAAGACGCCAGUGACGCCGCUUCAACUGUUUGGAUAUACGAUCGCUAUCGGGGGCCUGCUCUACUACAAGCUGGGCGCUGACAAGAUGAAGGAAUAUGCCAGCCAGGCCAAUCGGUCGUGGGCGGAAUACGGUGCCACCAACCCGAUCAGGCGUCGCCUUAUCGUCGUCGGCGUCUCUGCCUUUGUGAUCAUCUGCCUCUUGGUGCAAGUCGGUGGGCCGUAUGAUCCCAACAGCCUCAAGGGUAUGAUCCCGGGCAAAACGACGGCGAACAAUGCGUGA